UUGACUCAGCACCCUCAAACUCAAUCACCCAUGCUUGCAUAAAUAUAGCUACCUUCUUCCCACAAAAUCUUGCAAACUCAAUCUUUCUCCACCACCAUCAUCUCUACCUGUUAUGGCUGAGACAUCAAAUGGAAACGGAGUUGUUGUGCACAUAAAAGAAGACGACUUCAACCGCAACUCCGGAUGCUGCUCUCUCACCGUCCCCUUCAUACAAAAGAUAAUAGCGGAGACGCUGGGGACAUUCUUCUUGAUAUUUGCCGGCUGCGGUGCCGUCGCGGUGAACGCCGAUAAAGAUAAAGUCAUCACUCUUCCCGGAAUAGCUAUAGUAUGGGGCCUGGUGGUGAUGGUCAUGGUCUACUCCGUCGGCCACAUCUCCGGCGCCCACUUCAACCCCGCCGUCACCCUUGCUUUCGCCACCUGUAAAAGAUUCCCUUGGAAGCAGGUACCUGCAUAUAUAGUCGCUCAAGUAGUUGGAUCAACCCUAGCCGCCGGAACCCUACGGUUAUUAUUCAGUGGGCCACACGAUCACUUCACCGGAACCCUACCCACUGGCACGGACGUGCAGUCGUUGGUUGUAGAAUUUAUUAUCACAUUCUACCUCAUGUUCGUCAUCUCUGGCGUCGCCACGGACAAUAGAGCUAUUGGAGAACUUGCUGGCUUGGCUGUUGGAGCAGUUAUAUUGCUAAAUGUGAUGUUUGCUGGGCCGAUAUCGGGAGCAUCAAUGAAUCCGGCAAGGAGUCUCGGACCGGCUAUAGUGUCGAACAAUUUCAGAGGCAUAUGGAUCUAUAUGGUUGGCCCAACAGCUGGUGCCAUUGCUGGAGCCUGGGUCUACAAUAUCGUCAGAUUUACUAACCUACCUCUUCGUGAAAUUACCAAAAGUGGGUCGUUUUUGAAGAGUUCAGCCCGCAAUAAUUCAAGCUAGGCCCAAUCUUCGGCCCACUUUUUCUUGUAAUGCUACUACUGCAGUGCAAAAAAACAGGGUUUGAUUGCUAUAAUAGUAGGAAACUAGUGAUCACAUAACCAUAUAUUUUGAUGCUCAAAGGGUAAUAUUUUUAGGCGGAUCUAUCUCAUCGUUGAUGUAAUGAAGAAUUAAAAGUCUUUGGAAUUAUGUAACAGACUCAAUUAUGAUUA